AGCGCGCGGCUCGCUCUCACUCUGGGGUAUAUAUAGCGGCAUCCACGGGACCGGCGAGCCGUUACAGACACCCGCGCGCUACGGCUCGCAGCGACUCGCACGGGAGCUCAAGUUGCGCGCUUUACCUGCUAUAUCGUAUAGCUAUAGACCGAGUUAGAGAUAGCAUAGGGAGAAGAAGCUACUUCGCUGGAUCAAGAGAGAGAUCAAGAGAGUUUGACGAUUCCGGAGAGGUGAAACUGCGCUGAAGCUAUCGCUAGCCGCUAAACUCGACCGAGGAGGGAUUUUAGUGCGCGAAGGCUUCAUUCAUCCUGCUGAUUAUCGAAGGCUGCUGGGCUGACAUUUUGAUUUCGAGGACCGGAAAGAUGCGCGUAAGCCUGGCGAUGAUGCACCUGACCUACCUGACGCUGACGGUGCUGGCUCUGGGCUCGGUCAGCGUGCAGAGCGAACCCGAACCGAUGGCCAGACCCACGAGGCCCAAAGUUUUCGAGAGCCCGGAGGAGCUCAGGCAGUACCUCGACCUCGUCAAGGAGUACUACUCGCUCAGCGGCAAGGCGCGCUACGGCAAGAGGGCGGAGCCGUACGCGAUGCAGCAGGGCUACGAGCACCCCCUGAACUUCCUGCGGAUGCUCCUGGCCUUCAGCCGGCAGAAGCAGGAACUGGUAGACAAGGACGAGCGGAGCAAGCUGCAGAUCAUGCAGCCCUACGAUCGCGUCGCUAGAUAUUACGAGAUCAUGGAGUAAAGCUUCUUUUAUUUUCCCUAAGCACAUACGAGAGAGAGAGAAGCCGCGAGAACAGGGACGCGAUUUUCAUUGUUAACGACAUAGAGGUAUCGCGUUAAAACAGAAAAAACUAUCUUUCCAGACACGCGAUCGUUAAAGCAUGCUUAGGGGGCUUUUUGCAGAACGAUGUAGAUUUAACGCUGUGUACUUUACGCCGGGAAUCGAGACGAAAGAUGGACCGAUAAGAGAAGAGUAUAGGAUAUAUUCGUUUCGAAAUUCAGUAUUAUAUACGCAUUGCGUAAAUAUUUAUUUUGCGUACUCUAUUUUUGCAAAAGAAUGCAAAAGAAAUUUUUAUUUUCGAUCUACAGCUAAGUAUGUACACGAGAGACGAUUUGUUUGCGGACAGAUACAUAUAUGUAGAGACGAUGCUCGAUUGCAUGCACAAUAUACAUAUGAAGUAUUACGUAAAAUAAAGAUAUAAGAUAUAAUGCAUAUAAUUAAUUUUGUAUCAUGUAUCAUUGCAAGAACUAAUCGGUGAACUGAUACGCAGGUUGCAGAUGGCAAUGUUUAAUUUUCUUCGAAAUAAACUGUUUCCUUUUUUAAUUCA